GAACAGGGAAGAGUAUACUCCUUCUCGUCCUCCACUUUUCAUCUUUGGUCACAGCGCCACCCAUGGUUGACUAAAGCUUUCAGAGAGGAUUUAUUUUUCAGGGACAAGGAAUCAGAGUCCUCCCUCUUACCUGCACCUUGAAGGUUACUUAGCGAAAGCUAAAGACAGCGAGAAAACGUACUUUUCAGGUCCUCCUAAGGUCCACAUUCUUCUUUGUUCUCGGAGGACCUGGACUCUAUGGUCAGUGACGAAGAGGGGGGCCUCCAUCCUGUUGGCGCUUGCGUGCUGCGAGGUGGUUCCGCAUGCGCGGUGGGGUCGAGCGAAGCGCACGCUGAGGAGAGUCGGCGGUUGCUGCGGGUGGAUCAAGUCUGGUCUCUCCGAUUGAAGAGCGUGGCGCCGGACACCAGUGCGGGAUUCACACACAUACCUCAGAUUGCAGAAUGCCGGGUCUAAGUUGUAGAUUUUAUCAGCACAAAUUUCCUGAGGUGGAAGACGUAGUGAUGGUGAAUGUAAGGUCCAUUGCUGAAAUGGGAGCUUAUGUCAGCUUGCUGGAAUACAACAACAUCGAAGGCAUGAUUCUUCUGAGUGAGUUGUCCAGAAGGCGUAUCCGUUCUAUAAACAAACUCAUCCGAAUUGGCAGGAAUGAAUGUGUGGUUGUUAUCAGAGUGGACAAAGAAAAAGGAUAUAUUGAUUUGUCAAAAAGAAGAGUUUCUCCAGAGGAAGCAAUCAAAUGUGAAGAUAAAUUUACCAAAUCCAAAACUGUUUACAGCAUUCUUCGUCAUGUUGCUGAGGUCUUAGAAUAUACCAAGGACGAGCAGCUGGAAAGCCUGUUCCAGAGGACCGCUUGGGUCUUUGAUGACAAAUACAAGAGACCCGGAUACGGUGCCUAUGAUGCAUUUAAGCACGCAGUCUCAGACCCAUCUAUUUUGGAUGGCUUAGAUUUGAAUGAAGAUGAACGGGAAGUACUCAUUAACAAUAUUAAUAGGCGUUUGACCCCACAGGCUGUCAAAAUUCGAGCAGAUAUUGAAGUGGCUUGUUAUGGUUAUGAAGGCAUCGAUGCUGUAAAAGAAGCCCUGAGAGCAGGUUUGAAUUGUUCUACAGAAACCAUGCCCAUCAAGAUUAAUCUAAUAGCUCCUCCUCGGUAUGUAAUGACUACAACCACCCUGGAGAGAACAGAAGGCCUCUCUGUCCUCAACCAAGCUAUGGCUGUUAUAAAAGAAAAGAUUGAGGAAAAGAGGGGCGUCUUCAAUGUUCAAAUGGAGCCCAAAGUGGUCACAGAUACAGAUGAGACUGAACUUGCAAGGCAGCUGGAGAGGCUUGAGAGAGAAAAUGCUGAAGUGGAUGGAGAUGAUGAUGCGGAAGAAAUGGAAGCCAAAGCCGAAGAUUAACUUUGUGGGCAACAGAGUCCAGUUUAAGGAACACAAAGCAGCCUUCCUGGCUGUUAACCCUAGACUUGAAAGUUUUCCAGUAUUGAAAACUUCAAAGCUGAAUAUUUUUUAUUUCGAAGUAUUUAAAUGUUCCAACAGACCAAAACGUGAAAUGCCCUCCUAAAUGUCAGCUGUUUUCACACAGUAGCUCUGACACCUUGAGCAUUUUUUAAGGGAGUGGCCUGAUUUCACUAGAGACAAAUCUUUAAGAACAGUCAUAAAAUGGGGCGUGUGAUUUCCAUUUCUGAUGUCUCCAGAUUGGCACCCCUUUGUAGUUCAGUGCCUCCAUGAGAUUUACCAGGGGCACCCAAAGCAAAUAGUCCUAACCUUUCUAUAUAAAAUGUAUCAAGCAAACAUUAAAUAAAUUUCUGGGAUAUUUAACCAUAGGUUUCUUCCUUAUUGUCACCAGUUAAAAGCAUUAUGAUUACUAAGACCCUAAUUCUAUUAUCUUCAUUUUAUUUGAAAUGUAGUAAUAUAAAGGCAGGUGACCUAAAGGAUCAAUAUAGCAGAUCCUUUCAAAGGGAGGGUUUAGAGAACAUAAUUUUAAUUAGUGAAAGUUUACUCCUAGGGGGAAAAAGCCUUAAAAUGCAACUAAAGAAUUACAUUGGUUGUGUGCCUUUUACCUAUUUGAGACUGAUGACAACAUGUGGUAUGAAGGAGAAUUUAUCACACUGGUCCUUGUUGGUGUACUAAGCUGCUUGCCUUGAGUUUGUAAUUCAGGGUGGUAAAGGUUUUGGGGGUGUUUUUUUUGUUUUUUAAGAAAAAGAUGCUGCUUUUUAAAUUAAGUUAUUUGAGUCUCAUUGCCCAACUUUUGAUUUUUUUUUUUCUAGUAAAAUAUUUGCUAGGUGCCACCUAGAAGCUUCAGUUCUCUUCAUAACAGAGUAGGGAUCUGUUUGAACACAAUUACAAUGGUUUUUAUAUGUUUCCAUCAUUUUUUUCUUUAAGAGCUGAUUGUUUUAAAGGUAAAUAAAUAAUAUAUACAAAGGUAAAUAAAUUUCAUAGAUAACGUAUGGUUUGCAGUUACAGCUACAGUAGCCAGGGUGUAGAAAGUCUUAAGUUAACUUUGGUCUGCUUCAUAAAUUUAAUCUCUUAGGAUACUUGAGGCACUAGAUAAAUUAAUUUUACUAAUCAUUUCCAAGAAUAGCUUUUUAAAUACUUAGAUUAAACCUAACCCACCUUAGUCAAUCCAGGACUAGACUUACCUCAGUGUUAAAGGGAAUGGAAAAUAGAAGAGUGUGUUGGUGAGCCAUUUGAGCCAUUUUUGAAGGUUUGUCCCUUUGUUUAAUUUAGCAGCCUCUACGAGCUCUUUAAAUCCAGAAGUCUAAUUUCAUAUAACCGUUUCCACGAGGGAGCCAUGAUUGCUGGCUUGCAUACUGGGAAUAUUUACAGGAGAAUCUGGCACAUAAUUUUCACUUCAGUCUUUCUGAGGAGUCAAAAAAAAGUCUAUAAAGCUCACAGCAUCAAGAAUGUUAUCAAACUGUAACAGGUGCUCCUUAAAUGUUUGCUGUAAGCAGAGGAAUUGAAUUUUGACUUUGUUUACUGAAUUUUUUUUUUAAUACUUCAAAAGCCAUAACUGUCGAGAAAUACCGGUGGCAUCAGUGGUGAGUGAUUUUAUCCCAUGCAGGCCUUUUGCUCAGUUUCACAACAGUUUUGCAAAUUUAUGACCCUUAUGAGAAAAAAGAUCAAUACCUCACUGAUCAUGAAGGAGAGAACUAACUAAACUUACCCUGGUGACCUAAAAGUAUCACUUUCAAAUAUGAGAACAAGAUCACACCCAGCUCCAAAUAACUUGAACAGAUUGACAAAGACAAUUGACCAGUUUAUCCAAAUGGAUCUCUCCCCACAAAGACUCUUCAUUAAAAAUUGACAAUUUCAUCUACUCCCCAUGCUGCCUUUGAGGUCAAGUGGUUAUCGACUCAUAACUGAAAAUAGUUUGAGUCUCCAUUAGGCAUAAUUAGUUGAAAAUUUUAAAUGGCCGGGAAAAAUAUGAAUGCAAACCAUUUUUCAUGUUUUCUAGUAAAACAAGACAAGCCAUUACUUACGUGGAUAAUGCUCACUUAGUGGAAACCUACAGAGACGUGCUAAGCAGUACAGUUACUACUCAGCUGCCGUACUUGACCUAGCUACUUUUACAUCAAGAACAGUGUAAAUGGUUCAGGAUUUUAAAAAAUUCAAGUGCUAGUACUCUUGGCAAGAGUUGACCCCUGAUUUGCCUCAUGGUGAUAGUCAACUACUUUUCAACACAUGAUACUGAUACCAUACAGAGUGGGGUGUAAUUGUGCCAAUUUAGAGUCAAGAAGCCAUCAAACCAAAUGCAGUUUAAUUCAGGUAAACACCUGUUGAUAACAAGAAGCAAUAAAGAAACUAAUUCCAAGGACAUAGACCUUGGUGAAAUGCCAAAUGGAAAAUGGUGCUUUAAAAGGCAGUCUCUUAGAAUGUAAGGAAUAAAGUAAAACCUCAGAUCAGGUAUUCUAGACAAGAGGAGACAGUUCAAACUAUUGAAGAGAAUGAAUUUUUACUUAAGCACUUUGGAAGUAUCCACUCCCCUUAAAUGUAAGUUACGUAUCUAUUCAUUAAAGGAAGCCGAAGCACUUGUACUUGGCAGAUUACUGUAUUAAACUUGAAAGUAAUAAAAAUGUUUUUAAAGAUA